ACUCAGAACUCCACCCACCAUGUUCUUGAAGUCGCUUUGACCAAUUAUUAUUCCUUUUCACUCUUUCUAUCCUGUUUCCAUUCUCUCAUACAUUUGCUAAAUAUCAAGGGAGAAGCACUUAGUCCAUCAACCUCUCUUUUCUUGCUGCACUGUCUUUGUCUCUCUUGAAUCACAUCACAUACAUCAAAAGAAGAGGAGGAGGAAGAAGAAGAAUUAUUCUUCUCUGCCUAUGCACCUACCUCCUACACUUUUAUCAUCCAUAACUGAAGAUCUUAUGAUGCUAUCGCCAGUCGUCUUUGGGGAGGCUACAACCCCCGCCGACUCCCCUGACCUCUCUCUUCAAAUCGGCCCUCCGAAAAGCUCAGUCACCAGCGUCACCGACCUCCGUCCCUCGAGCUUCAUCCCGACUGAUCAAGCACCACCUCCUCUGCAUCCAUCCAACCGGAUGCCUUCUUCUUUUCCUUGUUGCUGUGGCUCGACGUGGCUCCUGGGAUUGAGACCGGAGUCUCCAACGGCGGGGGGCUACGGCCACCAGCUUCACCCCUUCGGCGUGACUGGGACGAACAUCCUCCACCCCUGCAAGUUAGUGAGUUCAAAGUUUAUGAUGCCUCGGAAAAGCAGGACACCGAGAAUGCGGUGGACGAGCAUCCUCCACGCCCGCUUCGUCCACGCCGUCGACCUCCUCGGCGGCCACGAGAGAGCUACACCGAAGUCUAUUUUGGAGCUUAUGGACGUGACAGAUCUCACUCUAGCCCACGUAAAGAGUCAUUUGCAGAUGUAUAGAACAGUUAAAUCCACCGACAAGCCUGCAGUUUCCUCAGAUUGCUCUGUUCAGGAAGAUUUGGAACCUGGAAACAAGUCAUCCGGCAGAGUUCAGACAGACACAAAACAAAAGAGGAUUUCAACAGAUGAACUUGGAUCGUUAUCCUCGACUCUCUCAUCACAGAUCGAGGAUUCUGAUAAUCCUUCCAGAUCGAAUGACACAAGUUCUUCUCGUUGCGAUGAUAGAAGUCCUAGCUUGGAGUUUUGCUUGGGAAGACCAGAUUGGAACUUCAAGUAGGAUCAAGUAAUCGGUGUUAGAGUGGUACCAGCAUUUUAUUCUUCAAGGUGUUUGUAUAAAUAGAGUGACUUAGUUCCUAUGAUCUGAGAAGUUGAAGAACAUGCACACAACUUUCUUAUCUUUAGCAAUUGAUUUCAUGUGUGAAACAAAUACUAUCGGCCAACAUGAUCGGUGAAGAAGUUCCAAUAGAAGCUAAAGAAAGAGCAGAAUAUUUUGCAUAUGAAAGCAGAACUCAUGACAAAGAAAGAGCUGGCAAUGAAUUGCCAUGACAAAAACACAUGUUGCAGGUGCAAGAGCCUAGACUAAGAAGCAUAUUUAUUAUCCUUGUUACACCUAAACAAGCCACAAGGGAUGACCCAACUCUGAUGAUUUUCUCAUAUUGUUCUUUAGAAGAUCCUUUCACCUCACUCCUCUAGGGGGACAAGAAUCUACAAUAACCUCUUUCAGAUAUGAACAAUCAUGUCACCCUCAUUACAAAAUCAUCAGUUUUGGGAAGAAAUAUUUUUAGAUUGGUCUAAAUGUUAUCUUGUAUCCAUAGACAGGGCCGCCCUGACUUUUGGAGGCCCCUGGGCGAAAAAAAGUAAAAUGACCUCUAUAAAAAAAAUUUACUAACGUACCGUUUGAAUAUAAUUUAAUACAAAAUUUUGAAAAUCAAUAUAUUUCAUUUAAAAUAUAAUAAACUAUAUACAAAAUUUAUUUCUCAAGAUUCUUCAAAAAGUGCAACACCAUACAAAAUAUAUUUCCUAAGUUCUCCAAAG